AUGAUCAUUGGUACCGGACCGAAACACGCCGAAAAAUCGGCGAUCCGUGCGGCCAACGGCACGUGGCUCCGACACGAGGACCGUCCACACUUUGCGCGAAUCUUUCGCAAUUUGCAAACGCAAAUCGGCGCGUUGGAUUUGAGCACAGCGGAGCCGUGGCAAAUUUUGAGCUACAACGCCGACGGAUAUUAUGCGCCACAUUACGAUUAUCUGAAUCCGGCCACCAAUCGCAUGUUGUUAGAUGAGAGAGGAAACCGAAUUGCCACCGUACUCGUCAUUCUUCAAAUCGCAAAAAACGGUGGAAGUACGUCGAUUUUGAGUUGAUUUACAGUGCACACAUCAGAUCUUACGACGAAUUUCAGCGACCGUCUUCCCGAAAAUCGACCUAAACAUCCGGCCGAAAGCCGGUGACGUCGUCGUCUGGCUCAAUUUCGAAACAUCCGGAGAGUCGGACCCUCUAACUCUGCAUGCAGCGUGCCCGAUCAAAAAUGGAACGAAAAUUGGUACUACGAUGCCUUACGAUCACACAAAAAUGCAAUAAAUUUUCAGGCGCAACUUUAUGGGUCCACUCGAAACGGCAAGAAUUCUCACUUCCGUGCUCACUGGACAAAAAAUCGUUUGACACAAGACAUUUUUUCGAAUGAAUAAUAACGACAGAAUAAAAAGUUCCGUUCCAUUUCCGGUUCGUUUUGCGGGCUCAUAAAACUGAUAUUCAGCGGAAAAUUAUAUUGCAUCGCCGAGAAAACGUUCCGCUUUUCCGCCUUCUCCUCAAUUCCAAUGUCCACGUGUCUCUUUCCAAUUUUACUAUCGAUUUUUGUGAUUUUCGCACAGAGUAAUGAGCCGGAAAGCGAAGAAUUUGAAGGUGCAGAGUAUUGGGAGGAAAACGAACGAAAGCAGUGUGAUGACGUGGAUUCCGACAAGACUUGGCAGUGGAGAAGUUAGUUUUUGGGGCCUCCUCAUCAAUUUAUGAGCCGGGCCGCGUUAUUCAGAAGCCAUCUGCCUGACGUACAUUCGGAAUUUCGAAAAAGUAAAAAUGGAAAUCGUUGCCUGGCAGCCGGCGCUCGUCAUCUAUAGGGACAUGUUCACACAACAACAAGUCGACAAUUUUUUGGACCUCCUCGAGCGACAAACUUUCAAGGAACAGGUAAAGCUUGAAAAUUUCUAACAAAAAUACACAUUUGCUUAGCAAGUAGUGAAUGAUGAUGGCUCGGAAACGUAUUCGAAAUAUCGGAAAGCAAAUGGAACGCCAAUCGUUUCUUCGGAACACGUGGCUUCCAAAUCCUUAUUCCAAACGUUCUCCACUUUGAUACCGGCCCUUGAUUUCACAGUCGCCGAGGAUAUUACAGUAGGUUCCCCCCAUAAAAAAUGAGUGCUCGCGGGUUCAGGCGCUCUCCUACCACGCGGGCGGUCAUUACGCCGUCCACAACGAUUUUCUCGAGUACACGUCGGAGAACGAGUGGGAUUGGUGGAUGCGCGAGUACGGUAACCGCCUCGCCACUUUUAUUAUCGUCUUCAAAAAUGCCGCAUCCGGCGGAGCGACAAUAUUUCCGUCGCUUGGCGCCACAAUUAAGGCGAACGCCGGCGACGCGUUCUUGUGGUUCGACGCGAAAAGUGAUUCGAGUCAGGUGCGCAUUUUCAUUGAUGUCAUGUGACGAAACAUUUUUGCAGGAAGACCUAACCGAUCACGCGGGCUGUCCAGUGUAUUCGGGUCAAAAAGUGAUAGCGACCGUGUGGAUCCGAAUGAAGAACCAAGCCGUUUUGGAAAAGACGCCCGUCAACGGCUCAAUAUCCGCCCGGCUGCUCAUUCCGCGGAUUUGA